AUGGCUCUUGACGCUGAACUAUUUCUUGUAUUCUUCGUUUUAGCAAUCAUCUAUAGCUGCUUUUUCGCUUAUACUGUAAUCCGAGCUUUAGGAUUCAAAAACUUCUUGGUCAGAUGAAAACAUGCGAAGCUUUUAUACAUUUUCCAGCUCGCAGAAAUAUUUUUCCGCAUGCUAAGUUUCUGGCUGAUUUGUUUUUUUGACUCUCAAAUAAACCUAAACGACGCAAAUAUCGGCUUUUUAUUACUGUCUUUGCCUGAAGCUUUAUUUAUUUCUUCCUAUUUUAUGCUUUUUUGGGUUAUGAUAACGGCAAACAUUUAUACCCGGCUAAACUCAGACUCAAGCUAUGACUACAAAUUAAAUCCUGGCCGCUAUAGGCUUCAAAUUGUAGGAAAACUUACAUUGACUUUGCUAGCGAUUUUAAUGGUUUUUGAAGGUGUGAUGUAUAUUUUAUUAUUCUGCUCAGUGAUAGAGCCUACUUAUAUUGUUCUACAACAGUGCAUACAAGCUUUUAUAACGGCUAUUAUUGUUAUCGUAGGACUUUUAAGAGUCCAAUGCAAAUAUUCAGGAGUUCCUUAUAAGAAUGAAAAAAGCGCCCAAUUUAUGAAGGUCGUGAUUUUCUCAACGCUUGUAUGGACUGCUGGGAGAAUUACACAUGGAAUUCUUUAUAUUUUUAGAAGGAGGGAUUUGGAAAGAGAAAGCUCUGAUUUAAGCAGUUUGAAUUUAAAUGACAUGGUCCCUACAAUAGUUUUCAUUGUGGAUUUAUUAGUGACUGAGCUAAUUUGUUUUUAUUUGGUCCUUGAUUCUUCAUUUUAUAAGCUUUUUUCAUAUGAAGAAGAGCUUUCAGCAUCUUUGCCUCUGAUUAAUAAAUCUGGAGCACCAUUGCCGCUUGAUAGUACAGUAACACAGUCAUUUGGGUCGAACCAAAAUUCUGUUUUGGAGCUAAAUCUAGGAUUUAUUUCUACGGACGAAAUAAUAAUUCAAGACAGUCUUUCAGAAAAACCAGGAAAGCUUGGAAAAUUAUAUAGAGGGAUCGUCAAAAAUAUCCCAGUCGUAAUCAGAAGAAUUGUCCUUCCCAGGACAAAUAAAUAUGUAAUUGAAAAUAUCAAGCAUGAUAUUGAAAAAAUGACCGAAUUAGAAUGCCCUCAUUUUAUGCCUGUACGAGCUGCAGCUAUAGACGGCAAUACCAUUGAUUUAAUAACUCAGUAUAUUCCAAAUGGCUCUCUUUAUUCAGUUCUUCAUGAAAGAAGUGUUUUAUUUGAGUUCUACGACAAGCUUAGGAUUUCUCGAGAAAUUGCUUUUGCAAUAAGAUUUCUCCAUGAGCAAGGACUAGUCCAUGGGCACCUUACAAGCCAAAAUAUUUUAUUAGACAGUGAAUGAAGGGUGUUAAUAAGUGACGUGGGAUUAGACCAUUUGAAAAAAUUCGCAGGACUGGUAGAUAAAUACUGCAAUAAAGGAUCAUGAAGUUCUCCUGAAUUAUUAAAAGAUGAAAAAAAUCCUGUAGCAGUUAAAGCACAGGCUAGUGACGAUAGUUAUAGCUAUGGCAUGAUUUUGUGGGAAAUUAUGACAAUGCAGGUGCCGUUUCCUGAUUUUACGAUAAAGAAACUUAAACAAAUGAUUGUGGAAGACGGGUUUAGACCGGCGAUACCUGAAAAAAUGAAUGAUGGGAUCAAAGAGCUUAUGAAAAGCUGCUGGAAUGUAGAUCCUGCUAGAAGACCAGAUUUCAAUCUGAUCUUUUCGACGUUAUGCAAUAUUGAGACAAAUUAUAAAGGGGCAUAA